UAAUCUGGUCCUCUAGAGAGUGAUGUGUGAGGGCCAUUGACAGCCAUAUCCACCAUAAUCACCAGUAUGUCUUCUGCAUGGACGUGGACCAGGUCUUCCGGGGCCACUUCGGCACUGAAGCUUUGGGGGACUCUGUGGCCCUCCUCCUUGCACAUUUCUACCACAGCUUCGAGCGACUGCGGACCUACGACCGGAACCCCAAGUCCCAGGCCUACAUGGCGGACUCUCAGGGCGACUUCUACUACCACGCAGCAGUGUUCGGUGGCUCCUGGCAGAGCGUGAAGCACAUUACGGACACAUGCUACCGCACCAUCAUGGAGGACAAGAACAAUUCGGUGGAGGCUCUGUGGCACGACGAGAGCCACCUGAACAAGUACUUCUGGAAGCACAAGCCCAGCAAGGUGCUGUCUCCUGAGUACUGCUGGGAUACCUCCAUUGGGUAUCGCAGUGAUAUCCAUAUUGCACGACUCCUUUGGCAAGAGAAGCAAUAUAAAAAACGUAGGGGUACAGGAAGCUGAUGGUGGAGCUAUAAUGCCUUGCCUUGCCUAUGCAAGCAUCAGUAUACACUUAUUCAUUUUGCUGUUUGCU